CAGUGUAGCAUAGCGUAGCAGUAGCUAGCGGUUCGCUGUCGUGUGUUGGGAGUAAAUUUUACAAAUUCUUUAAAAAAAAGGUUUAUUUUUUUUAGUGCGAAUGCUGUAAUUCCUUUGGAAAACGUAGUUUUUUGUGGUCAUAUCUCUUUCGAAGAAAAAAAUUGCCUUUUUUUAGAGGUAGAUUAAACAAAUUUAAAUUUAAGACUAGUCUGUAUAUCUCGCUAGACCAGACGUCGUCAGAAAAAAAAACCCAGGAAGUUUACUUCCUCCUAUCGUGCAUUUACAUUUUACAUACGAGAGGUUUAUAUUUAUAUAUAUUUUUGUAUUUGUUACGCCGCUUUAUUUUUUUAAGAAACUAGUUCUUUUUUAGAUGGCAAGCUUCCCAGAUUUUGUAAACGAAAAUGAAAUAGCCAAGGCUCAGUUCAUUGGGGAACUUCUAGUGCCGGUUGCUCCUUUCGAUCAGAAGUCCGGGCGGGAGACCUGGACUGUGGCUUUUGCUCCAGAUGGUUCCUACUUCGCUUGGUCUCAAGGGCAUCGCGUCGUGAGGCUUGUACCGUGGACAUCAUGCCUGAGCAACUUCUCCGUGGGCAGCACUGAUCUCUCCAGCGCGGCAGGGUCCCGGCGCCUGUCGAGGCAGAACAGCGAUGGGCAGCUGCAGAAGAACGUGCCGCGGGAGCACACCAUCGACUGCGGCGACAUCGUGUGGGGGCUGGCGUUCGGCUCCUCCGUUCCCGAGAAGCAGAGCCGCUGCGUCAACAUCGAGUGGCACCGCUUCAGAUUCGGCCAGGACCAGCUCCUGCUGGCCACCGGCCUCAACAACGGGCGCAUCAAGAUCUGGGACGUGUACACUGGUAAGCUGUUGCUAAACUUGAUGGACCACACAGAACUUGUGCGCGACCUGACCUUUGCUCCGGAUGGAAGCCUUAUGUUAGUGUCUGCCUCCAAAGACAAAACUCUGCGAGUCUGGGACCUGAAGGACGAUGGAAACAUGGUGAAAGUCCUGAGGGGCCAUCAGAACUGGGUGUACUGCUGCGCGUUCUCCCCCGACUCCUCGGUUCUGUGCUCGGUGGGGGCAGGUAAAGCGGUGUUCCUGUGGAACAUGGAUAAGUACACGCUGAUCCGGAAGCUGGAGGGCCAUCAUAAUGAUGUGGUGUCCUGCGAGUUCUCACCUGAUGGAGCCUUACUGGCAACUGCCUCGUACGAUACUCGUGUCAUUGUCUGGGACCCGCACACUGGGAGUGUGCUCCGGGAGUUCGGACACUUGUUUCCUCCUCCCUCACCAAUAUUCGCAGGAGGGGCAAAUGACCGGUGGGUGAGAUCAGUGGCCUUCUGUCAUGACGGGCUUCACAUUGCCAGCGUCACUGAUGACAAGUUGAUUCGGUUCUGGAGCAUCGAAGAGAAGUCUCCUCAGGCCAUUGCCCCACUGACAAAUGGACUGUGCAGUGCCUUCUCCACUGGAGGAAGUAUUUUAGCAGCUGGAACCCGUAACGGUAGCGUUCACUUCUGGGCAUGUCCACAGACCAUCGCCAGCCUCCAGCACCUCUGCCGCAUGGCUCUGCGCAGAGUGAUGCCCACCGACAAAGUGCGGAUGCUGCCCAUCCCACCGCCAAUGGUGGACUACCUGUCUUACAAAGCUAAUUAAACAAGCACGAUUGCACGCUAUUCAACCAAUGAAUUUCCUUUUUUCUUUUGAUAAAAGGGAAACUCCUCUCAUCAGAAACACCAUACUGUUUUUAUGAUGUUGCUACUUUUUUUUGUAUUUAUUUUUAAGUUUUAUUUUUCGCACUUGCACGCUUCAUGAAGUCAGAGGAUUUCAAGCGCCUGGUGCUUGACAGCUGCAAGAGAGGGGCAAUAGUGAUCAGCCAGCCUUACACAGUACAGUCUUCUCUUUGAGGUUGUUCACGUUCAUGCUGUCUUUCAUAGUAGUCUGAAACCUUUUCGGUACUUUUUCUGCGGAAGGCAAAAAGAAAUCUUCAUCCAAAACACAUUUCACAGUGAGGGAGAAAUCUGGUUAAUUGUGUGGUCUCACUAUGCUUCACGUGAACGAUUAAACUUGAAUGCCCUUAGCUGUCUUACACUGUCCAUAGAGAUGCACUUUACUUGACACCAUUGUUGUUAACUCAGUGGGUGAACUGUGCAUGUUGAUGCAAGUGUGAGAAGCUGGAUCUGUGGGGAAAUAUAUGUAAGGUGUUUGUUGUUAGAGGGAGUUCUGGGGUGAGGUCAAGAUUGUGGUCAGUGAAAAUGUUGACGUCUUUGACUGUAUGAAGAAUGCUCCCGAGAACAGUUGCAGGAGCUUAACGGUCUUUCAGGGACAGGGCUGUGCCUUUGUAAUGUGCCUCUGAGAUUACUCUUUACUCUUAACACUCGCUGCCCAAGCUCUUACACAAACGUGAAAUCCGAACUGUGGCUUUGAAAAGGUUAGAAACAUUAUUUCUGUGAAUUUACUAUGAAACACCAUCUCAUGGGCUGACCUUUGUCAGAUGUGUAUUUGCAACUGAAGAAAUGUGUAAAAUAGUGUAUGUAUAUGUGUAAAUAUGAAGCCAAAAGGCUUUGAUUUUUUUUUAUAUAUAGCCUUAGGAUUUUUUUUUCCCUUUCCUACUGCAUUUCUGAUCCAUGUUAGUCUGUAUAAAUAACUGUAUUAUGUAUAUAUAUAAAUAUCAAUUUUCUUUAGUGGGACGAUCAGUUUUAUGAUGUGUAAACAUUUUACUCAACAAUUUCAUCAAUACAGACAAGUACAGGUUUACCCCCCCUAGAAGCUAACAAUGUCUUGUCUUGCAGUUAACUCUUUCCACUUUAUCUCUUCAGUGUUAGUCAUGAAUCCUUUCGGUGCAGUAAAAAAUUCCACAUACUAAUCUUUUCUAGAUACUUAGAAAAAAAAUUGGUGUACUCUAAACAUGCAGUGUUUCUAAUCACCUUAAUGCUGCAAAUAUGAAAUGUUUUCUGAGCCAGAAGGAGGGAGAGUCUUGUUGAACUGCCAAAAUCACUACCAUGUCUGCAGCAUUAAACCUCCAGUAGCUUGAGAUGGUCUGUGAGGUAUUAGGUUAUGCAGUUAAGAGGGUGAAGACCUCAGAACAUCAAUAUAAUGUAACUUAAACUACUUCUAGAGAAGUAAGAUUUAGGUUUAUAAAUGACCCACGGUGACAGUAUGUGCUUAGACACAUGUAUCCAAAAUUACUUCACUCUUCAUGCAUGCAGUUCAGUUCUUCAAACUAGAGCACAAAGUACAUCAAUGUUUCUUCCUAGAACAAAAAAGUUGUACAUGCCAAAAGUAUUUUACUGAUCAGUAUUUCUGCAGAUGUUUGUGCAGAUCUUGUAUUGCUUGGGAUGUUGCUGUUGGUCUUUGUUUUAUGAUUUAUGAAGGGACUAUAUAUGAUAUCAAAACAAUGGAAUCUUUUGUUUGUGGGGAAAGGCAAGAUAAUUAAAGACUUUCAGGCUGUAUAGUAUUAAGUUUGUUUGAAGGUCAAAGUGUAAAAGAGAUGCCUGAUGAUCUGAAAACAGACGGGGACCCAACUGACCAUCUAAUUCAUAUGCUAUAUGGGGUGGCAGUUUGUCUGUGAUUUGCCCAUGUGAACACUAGGGAGGAAAUGAUAGUUUGUUUAGGAAGUUGUUCUGGUAGUUUUAGCAUUCUUUUUUAUUCUGAAGUAGCUGGAGUGUUAAAUGCAGAACUGUAGAAAACACAGUUCAAAUAGUGUUGGCAAUAAAUUCUCAAGGUCAUUGCUGAUGCCAAAGAUGCUUAAUAUUUUAAGAAAUCCUAUAAGUGGCAGUCAGUCUUUUUUCUUUUUCCAUUGACAUUUAAGCUUGAAGUUCUUUGUAUGUUCAUUUACUAAUUCUAAAUCUGUAUGUGCGAAAAUGAUUGAUUGGGGGAAAAAAGUGCUUCAUUCAAUGUUUAUGGGUCUUUCAGACCUUAUCGGUAAAAACAAUAUAACUCUUGCAACAUUUCAAUCAAGGGAUGUUGGUCUUAUCAUUGUAAGACAUUCUUCUGGGAAUAGUAUAAUGGUGUGGUCAACAGCCAAAGAUUUAAAAGAAACAUGUGUUUGUCAUUCUAUGUGCACUUACAGAUGUGAAGAUGAAUGUACGUUUUCCUGUUUUUUUUUGCUAUCUACGGAAAAAAGAAAAUAAAGUUUUGUUAAACCUGA